AUGAAGAUGCUAACUAAGUCGAAAUCGUCAAGGGCAAAAGGCGUUGCCUUUCACCCUACAAGGCCAUGGAUUUUGGUGUCAUUACACUCGUCAACUAUCCAGCUUUGGGAUUACCGAAUGGGAACCCUUAUUGCAAGAUUUGAAGGCCACGAAGGACCAGUCAGAGCGAUCGAUUUCCAUCCAUCCCAGCCAAUAUUCGUGUCUGGUGGUGAUGAUUAUACAAUCAAGGUGUGGUCAUUAAAUACCAUGAAGUGUAUGUUUACACUGACCGGUCAUUUAGACUACGUGAGAACUGUCUUUUUCCACCCUACUCUUCCUUGGAUCAUCUCUGCGUCUGAUGAUCAGACCAUCAGGAUCUGGAAUUGGCAGAGCAGGAAGGAAAUUGCAUGCUUGACCGGUCACAACCAUUAUGUUAUGUGUGCACAGUUUCAUCCAACCAAGGAUCUAGUCGUUUCUGCCUCCUUGGACCAGACUGUUCGUGUUUGGGACAUAUCUGGUCUCCGGAAAAAGCAGUCUGCAUCUCAGGGUGCAUUAAACAUGAGUGCAGCCGGAAUAGGCCCUGGCUUUGACUCAAUGCAGCAACCAGGACCUCAACAGGACGUGUUUGGCAACACAGAUGCUGUUGUUAAGUACGUUCUUGAAGGCCACGACAAGGGUGUCAAUUGGGCUGCUUUCCACCCAACACUGCCAUUAAUCGUCUCUGCUGGUGAUGACAGGGUGGUCAAGAUUUGGAGGAUGAGCGAGACUCGUGCGUGGGAGGUCGACAGCUGCAGAGGACACACAAAUAACGUGCUUUGUGCUCUUUUCCACCCAACCGAGGAUCUUAUACUCUCUGUCGGUGAGGACAAGACCAUUAGAACUUGGGACCUCAACACGAGGACCCCGGUUAAGCAGUUCAAGCGUGAAAAUGACCGCUUCUGGAUGAUUGCUGCUCAUCCAAACAUGAACUUGUUUGCCGCCUGCCAUGAUUCCGGUGUUAUGGUCUUCAAGUUGGACAGAGAGCGUCCUGCAAGCACAAUGUUCCAGAACACACUUCUCUUCGUCAACAACGAGUACCAGCUUCAGAAGUACUCUUACCAGAAGCAGCAGGCUUCCAUGCCUUUGCUUUCCUUAAAGAAGUUGGCUGUUCCGUGGAACAAAAUUCGUACCAUAUCCUACAAUCCGGCCGAAAAUGCCAUUUUGAUUCAAUCUGGAGAGAACGAGGCCGGUGUGUAUGCUCUAGUCUCUGUUCCUAAAGAGGCUGUCGGUGCUCUUGAUGCAGCUCCUAAAGGUAGAGGAAAGGCCACUGCAGCUUGCUUCAUUGCCAGAAAUCGAUACGUCACUUUUUCCAAGGUUACCCAUCGUCUCGAGGUCAGAGAUAUGAAUGACAAUGUAACCAAGACCAUUGUCUUGGAGGAUGCAGUGAAAGAUGUCAUUUAUCUUUCUCCGGGUGUGUUGCUUUUGGUCAUGUCAACAAAGGUUGUGGCUUACGAUGUUCAGCAGAAGAGGAAACUAUCUGAAAUUCAGGUCAAUAACGCCAAGUAUGUUUCAUCAUCGCCUGAUGGAAAGUACAUUGCCUUGCUUUCAAAGCACACGAUUACUGUUGCCACCAGAAAGCUUAAAACUGUCAUGUCUAUGCAUGAAACUAUUAGAGUUAAGAGUGCGUCCUGGGACGAUACAGGCGUUCUUAUCUACUCCACUUUGAACCACUUGAAGUACGCGCUUUUGAACGGUGAUAUCGGCACUAUAAAGACGUUGAAGAAUGCAGUCUACGUUACCAGAGUUUUGGGAAACAAAUGCUUCUGCCUAAACAGGAAAGGUGCUGUCGAGUGCAUCGAGAUUGAUCCGACGGAAUACAAGUUCAAGAAAGCCCUCGUGAAUAAAAGAUACAGAGAUGUUUUAAGUCUCAUCAAGAACUCUAACUUGGUGGGCGAGAACAUCAUCGGCUACUUAGAAAAGCGUGGCUACCCAGAGGUUGCUCUUCAGUUUGUUCAGGAUCCGGAAACUAGAUUUGAACUUGCAACCGAGUGCCACAACUUAGACAUUGCUCUAGAGCAGGCACAGAAGUUAGACAAGCCUGCAAUCUGGGCAAAGCUUGGAAAAGAAGCAUUGACACAGGGCCGUGUUUCUGUGGUUGAACUUGCCUACCAAAGGCUUCAUCAAAUGGAUAAACUAUCGUUGUUCUACCUUGUUACCGGUAACUUGGACAAGCUAUCCAAGAUGGAACAGAUCGCGGAGGCAAGAGGCGAUCUUUCUUCGCUGUUACAAAAUAGCAUAUACCUAGGCUCUGUGGAGAAGAGAAUACAGGUUUUGUUGCAUGCCGGUUUGUCGCCUCUAGCGUACGCAUUGGCAAAGAACAAUGGCCUCGAUGAUAUUGCACAACAGAUCAUUUCCGAUGCAGGACACGACACUAAGCCUUUGGAGUCAGAAAUUCCGACAAACAAUGGACCUGUGGAUGUCUUACAGCCUAAGUUAGAGACUACGGGUGAUUAUCCUUUGAAAGGUGCCUCUCUCUCAUUCUUUGAGAAGGCUAUUGCUGGGAAGCUAGAUGAUUUGUCCUUGGAAGAUGAGGCUGAGGAGAAUGUUAAUGUUGAAGAAGUUGAUGGAGGAGGAGCCGAUGGUGAUUUGUUUGAUGAUUCAAUGGGCCAGGAGGUGGAUGUCGAUCAGGCAGAUGCCUGGGAUAUGGAUGAUGACCAAUUGGAUGUUUCAUUAGAUGAAGAUAAGGAGGAUGAAGGAGAAACAGUUACAGAAACGUCAGGAUUACCAGAGGAACUCGGUGCCUGGGUGCGGAACUCCAAAUGUGCUGCAGGAUAUAUUGCUGCAGGUGCUUUUGAUGGAGCUGCAAGGCUUCUUAACAAGCAGGUGGGUAUUACAAACUUUGAGCCUUUGAGAGAAAGAUUUAUGCAGAUCUACCAGUCCAGCAAGCUUUCUUUCUCAGCCGUUGACGGCUUCCCAUCAUUGCGUGCAUACAUAAGAAGUACUGCUGAAGAUAGUGAUAAGGCUACACCUUAUGUUCCAGGUUUGGAGCAGUUGGAGCCCCUGCUACAUCAAGGCUUUAAACUAUUCAGGGCUAACAAGUUGGAUAAAGCAGUGGACGUCUUCAGACAAUUGCUGUAUAUAGUAACAACCCUGGUGGUGUAUAACGAGGAGGACGAGCAGAAGUGCAGGGAAACUUUGGAGGUUUGCAGAGAAUACAUUCUUGGUCUUUCGAUUGAACUCAAGAGAAGAAGCCUACCGGCCUCUGAGGUGAAGAGAAACCUAGAAUUGGCUAUACUGUUUACCAGGACGAAAUUGCAGCCGGCACACAGAGUAAACGCUCUCCAGGUUGCUAUGACGCAGUGCUUUAAGCAUAAAAACUUCACUAUGGCCUCAUACUUUGCUGGGGAGUUCUUGAAGAUUGUUAAGAGUGGAACGAGAGCCGAGCAUGCCAAGAAAAUCAUCGUAAAGGCUGACACUAUUUCAACUGACGCUGUGGAAAUCGACUUUGACCCAUAUGCUGAGUUCGACAUAUGUGCCGGUACAUACACUCCUAUCUAUAAGAAUACUCCAUUUGUGAUCGACCCACUUACAGGUGCCAAGUACCACAUGUCAGAGAAGGAUAAGUUAUCUGAUCUCACGAAGAUUUCUAAAAUCGGUGCUCCAGCUUCAGGUUUGAGAAUUUUGGCAUAG